AAAAUAAAAAUAAAAAUAAAAAUCCAACACGUCUAUCUGCCUCUGAAAUCUGAGAAAUUGAGAAUAGAGAAUCGGAAGUAGCAGAAAAAUGGGAAUCCCAUCGGAAAUGAGAGACAUAUGGGUGAACAAAAGAAACAGCUUCAUCAUUGCUUCUGCGCUCGAAGAUCAGAAUGCCUUGAACGCCAGAAGAAAACUCUGCAAUCAAGAAAGUAUUCGUGAAGGAUUCAAGAAUGCUACCAUCGCAGCCGUUGUCAGUGCCGUGCCAACAUUGGUUGCAGUUCGUAAGAUUCCUUGGGCAAAGGCAAACCUCAAUUAUACUGCUCAGGCACUUAUUAUAUCUGCUGCAUCAAUUGCAGCAUUCUUCAUCACUGCUGAUAAAACGACAUUAGAGUGUGCAAGAAGAAAUGCCCUGCUUGAAGAUGCCUUGAGACGUCAGAGAUGAUGCAUUGCAACUGUAAUGUGUACAACUUGAUGCUUUGCAAAUGCAUGUCAAGCUUGGGCUUGUUAAGAUGUACCUUUUUCUGGUUUCUCUUUGCUAAGCAUGAUGGUUAAUGUUUACUCCUAUCAAAUAGCGUCUAUGACUAAUCAUGUUUAAGACUCAUUUUAACUGAGUUUAAUGUGGGAUUACAACUAAAAUAAAAUGCAAGAAAACCAUUCUCCAA